GUCAUGCCUGAUUGACAUUUUCGACGCUCGGCAGAGGACGUCAAAACAGAGCGACAGUUAGCUAUGUGGCUAGCUAGAGCAUGUAUUUGAUUCAAAUAUGGAAAAAAAGAGGUUUAAUAUCAACCUGGACGACUCUGCCUUCACAAAAGAAAGAACCCCGGUGAAACCCCUGUUCCAGCCCUCCUCUAAGGCAGGCCAGAGUGCAGCAGCAUCAUCAUCAUCAACCACCUCUGAGACCACAGCUCAGCCUGCACCCCCGUCUGCUGGCCAACCACUAUCCUACGCAGAGUUCAUUGUCCAGAGCAAAGGCCAUGCACCUCCGAGAGUCCCCUCAGCUCCACAGAGAGUGGGGGUGUCCAGGGUGGCUGCAGGGACUGGGACCGGGAUAGAUACAGAGACUGGUAGUUUGAAGCAGGGUCUCAGUCAAGGAGCACAAGGUGGGCCUGAUGUGCUGUCGUCGUCGUCCUCUGUGGGGUGUGAGAGGCCUCAGGACCAGGCCCAGGGGACAAAGGAUCUGGGUUCUGGUGGACCACCAGGGGUUACAGAGGGAGAGGGGCAGAGGGCUGGGACUGAGCAGAAGCAGGGGGAGGGUCAAGGGUCAGAGGGCAGCAACAUCCUAGGUCAUCCUAAACCAGUGGGGUCUGGUAAUAGUAUCAUAGUCAGCCCCAGACAGAGAGGAAACCCCAUUCUGAAGUUUGUGAGGAGUGUGCCUUGGGAGUUUGGAGAAGUGGUCCCUGACUAUGUCCUUGGACAGACAACCUGCGCUCUCUUCCUCAGGUCUCUGUGUGUGUACAAUACAUGCUUUAUGGAGUUUUUACCGUGUGUGUGUGAUGUGGCCUUUUCUGUUCCACUGAAAGCUGUUAAACAUGCUCACCUCUCACCUGGUUAUCUGGACCCCUUGGCCUCGUGCUGGAUACCGCAUCAUGGGCCUGGCCUGCCACUCUCACUGCCCUGGAGUACCCUCAACCCUGGCCGGGAGGUGUACCCUCUCACCCUGCCUCGGAGUGACCCUCUCACCCCUGGCCCGGAGGUGCCUCUCACCCCUGGCCCGGAGGUGCCCUCUCACCCCUGCCCGGAGGUGACCUCUCACCCUGGCCCGGAGGCUGACCCUCUCACCCCUGCCGACGUACCCUCUCACCCCUGGCCCGGACGGUACCUCACCCCUACCCUCUACCCCUGCCCGGAGGUGGCCCUCUCACCCCUGCCCGGAGGUGCCCUCUCACCCCGGCCGGAGUUACUCCCUGGCCCGUGGCUUCUCACCCCUGGCCCGGAGGGUGCGGCUCUCUCUCACCCCUGGCCCGAGAGAUUUAAGUUGGAACUUAUUUUUCUUAACAGUCCAGAGGAGGCGGGGCGUUACCUAGAGACGUACAAGUCCUAUGAGAAGAAACCAGCUGAUCUGCUGAAGGAACAUGUGGAGAAAGACUACCUGUCGAAGGUGACGGACUGUCUGACCACUGUGAAGUCUGUCAACAAGACUGACUCCAUCACUCUGCUGUCAACCUUCUCUUCCUUAGAGGGGAUCAUCAAUGCAGCUAAGGAGGACCUGGUUCUCUGUCCUGGACUGGGACCACAGAAGGUGAGCAGGAAGGAAUGUGUUUGA